AUGCUCCCUCUGCGACGCGCGUGCCGUUCCUUCGCAACCACUCCGCUGCGGUCCUACCCCAUCGCCGAACCCACGACCACGACCAAGUCCGCGACUGCCACCACUCGAUCGGAGGAACAUAUCGAGCAUCCCAAGAACUACAAACCGCUUUAUACGCAUUUGAAGGGAAGGGCAUUGCUUAAUGAGCCUAGUCUGAAUAAGGUACGCACUGGACGACCCUGCGCUGAUUGGCGGCGGCGGAGAGUGAUGCAGUGUGGGAUGUGGGAUCGAUAAGUCGACUGGCAAGCAGCUCGAAGCUGAUCAGUCGUUGUACGAUCCCCGACUGGACAGGGAGCUGCGUUCUCCAAAGAGGAACGAGAUGUAUUUGGAUUGAAUGGCCUGUUGCCGUAAGUCAGAUACACCCGCGCCAUUGAGUGUCACCGUCAAAGAGGGUCGCACGUGGGGGCGAGCGGUGGUUGAGGCGGGCAAAGUGGGGCCUCAAAAAUUCGUGGGGGAUCGUCCGAGCGGAGCAACGCGUAGUCGGCGCAGGCAAUAUGGAGGCAGAAGGCAUUCGCGUAGAGAAAGCUUACAUGCGGUUUAUUUUCGCUCCAUAGAGCCCAAGUGCACGACCUCGACAUGCAGUGCCAACGAGCCUACGGUCAACUGAAGGCACGAACGACCCCACUGUCGAAAUACACCUUCCUGACCUCGUUGCGCGAGCAGAAUCAAGUGCUAUUUUACAAUUUUGUCUUGAAACACUUGAACGAGUGUCUACCAGUCAUCUACACACCUACUGUCGGAGAGGCAAGUCCACUCCUCAGAAGCUGGAUCAAAUUUCGUUCUGACUCGAUCCGGGUCUCGUUCCCCACAGGCGAUUCAAAAGUACUCCACCAUCUGGCGCCGAUCCGCGGGUCUCUUCAUCACCGAGGAACACUUCGACCGAAUGCGCGAGAUCAUGAUCACCAACCGAUUGCCCAAGAACGUCGACCUCAUCGUCGUCACUGACUCGGAAGGCAUUUUGGGUAUUGGUGAUCAGGGUGUAGGAGGUGGGAUAUUUUCAACCACUGUGCAUGUUCGGAACACGGUCUGACCUGUCUCCCUCGAUGGUCGCCUCGACGCGCAGGUGUACUUAUCACAGUCGGAAAGGGCAAUAUCUACACCCUCGGAGCAGGCAUCAACCCCGCCCGAAUCCUCAACGUCGUACUCGACGUAGGCACCAACAAUCAAGACCUUCUCAACGAUCCGCUCUACCUCGGCGUCAAGUCGCCCAGGUUGACAGGGGAACGAUACGAUCGCAUCGUCGACAAGUUCUGCAAUGUCGUUCGGGAGUCGUAUCCGGAUGCGUUCUUGCACUUUGAGGACUUUGGGACGAAGAACGCGGGCAGAAUUCUUCAAAAAUAUAGACCUAAGCAGUCGUGCUUCAACGACGACAUGGUGGGGCUUCCGAUCGCACUGUAAGGGUUGAUCAAACUGCAUGCUCACCGCGUCGUCGGCUACCUUUCACAGCAAGGAACGGCAGCCGUUGUUCUCGCUGCGCUCAUGUCCGCAGCCAAAGUCACCGCCACAGCCCUCAAAGACCAGCGAAUUUGUGUAUUCGGUUUUGGUACAGCUGGAUUGGGUAUCGCCGAUGGUAUCCGAAAUGCUUUGAUGAUUGAAGAGGGUCUUUCUCCAGAAGAGGCGAACAAACGCUUCUGGUCAGUUCAUGACCCCCGGCUGCUGCGCAGUAGAGGCAAUCGCCGCUAACCUAGCUGCUGGACGCGUAUCGAUCCUAGGGUCCUUGAUCGACCUGGACUGCUCACUACUGGCGUUUCGAAAGACCAAAUCCGAUCCGGGCAGGAACACUACCUUCGAGACGAGUCCGAAGUGGAAGGCUGGGCGAAGGAUGCGCGUUCGGGUAUCUCGCUGCUCGAAGUGGUCAAGCAGGCCAAGCCGACGGUUUUGAUCGGCUGCAGUGGCAUGUCCAACGCAUUCACGGAAGAGGUGCGUUCGGUGGCACGUUUCAAAGGCCUUGAGCUUGACCUUAUAUGGCCCAACCCUUCGGCACAGAUCGUACGAGAAAUGUCAAAGAACUGCGAUCGACCUUGCAUCUUCCCCUUGAGCAAUCCCACGCGUCUUGCCGAAGCCAACCCAAGUAAGUACUGUGGUCUGGUCCACACUUGACUUCUGAUUGCUGAACCCCUGGAAACUCACCUCAGGCGAUCUCAACGAAUGGUCCAACGGACGCGCAUUGAUCGCGACCGGAUCCCCUUUCCCGCUCGUCAAGAACGUCACCGAUGGCAAGAUGUACAAAACCGCCGAAUCGAACAACGCGCUCGUAUACCCCGGGCUGGCCCUCGGCGUCGUCCUGUCCAAAGCUUCGGCCCUUACAGACUCGAUGAUCACAGCUGGUGUGACGGCUCUCGCUGAACUCGCACCGGCUUUGAAUAACCCGAAUGAGAGCCUGUUACCGCCUUUGGAGGACUUGCGUUCGGUAUCGGUCAAGAUCGCUACAGCUGUGGCGAAUCAAGCGAGGGCGGAAGGGUUAGCCAAGACGCAUACGGAUCGGGAUUGGACGGAGGAGGAGUGUCGUUUGAAGCAGUGGGAUCCGGUUUAUCGUCCAUUGGAAUUGGUGGAUAGCGCUUGA